GUUGUAUUAUGUCUCUUUGUCAAUGGAUCAUGAAGGCAAGGCUGGGGGAUGUUAAAUCUGCUGAAAUUCAUCAAACAUGUAAUUGCCAAAGCUGAGAUACAACCCUAGAUGUACCCAUCAUUUGUUCCUCACAACUCUAGGCUUGAGUAUUAUCAGUGCAGAAGAGGAGGCACGCAUAAUCCUAGCUGAGUGGCCAGAAAACCGGUUGCAGCUUCAGUUGUAGUUCCAUUCUGUUUAUAGAGCUCACGGUGCAUUAGGAUUGGAAAGGAAGCAAUGCAGAAAUCAGAUUGCCCUACAGAUGUACAGGUGAAAAGCAGAGUAACAGGUAACUUUGAUCAAAGGACAUCCACCAGUACACAAAUAAAACGCAAGACUACAGUUCAGCGAAGCAAAUCUUCCUCUUCCACCAGCUCUCCAGAGUGUGUCCGAAAAGUUCAUCCUCGACCAAGCGAUAAACUAAACCCUAAAACAAUUAAUCCUUUUGGUGAACAGUCACGAGCCCCUUCUUCAUUCGCAGCUAUUUAUUCUAAGGGAGGUAUUCCUUGCAGAUUGGUCCAUGGUUCAGUAAAGCACAGGUUACAGUGGGACUGCUCUCCUGAAAGUCUUCCAUUUGACCCUCUUCUUAUUACUUUAGCUGAGGGUCUGAGAGAAACAAAGCAUCCAUACACCUUUGUGUCCAAGGAGGGUUUUAGAGAGUUACUUUUAGUUAAAGGUGCUUCUGAAAAGGCUGUACCUUUGCUACCCAGACUGAUUCCUGUGCUAAAGGCGGCUCUGAUCCAUUCAGAUGAUGACGUGUUUGUGAGAGGGUUGAGUGCCCUGGUACAAUUAAGUGUUGUCGUUGGUCCUUCUCUUAAUGACCAUCUGAAACACCUGCUGACAAGCCUUUCCAAGAGACUAAUGGAUAAGAAGUUCAAGGAGCCCAUCACUAGUGCAUUACAGAAGCUUGAGCAGCAUGGUGGAAAUGCAAGCCUUCUAAUCAUCAAAUCCAAAAUUCCAACUUACUGCUCUAUAUGCUGUUGACAAAGGGAAACCACAAGAGUUGUCUUGCUUCUUUCUUGCAAGUGUCACACAGUGAGCCACAUGUACACAUGGACCAUUUAUUCAGUUCAGCUUAUUCUUUUAUAGAUCACAUCCACAAUUCACUAGCUGUUCGAUCAAGGGGAGUGUAUGUAGUCCAGCCGAAUCAUAGUAAAUGUUGUCAACAAAAACAGACAGGUAAUAAUGCAAAGCUAUUAAAAGAAUUCUAUAAUAGUAUAACUUUGUAGGUCUUUUUUUCUUGGUUAGAUCAUAGUAUGAAAAACCAUUAUUGAAUUUAUAUGAUCAGAUGUAUUUAUUUUCUAGUACAUUUUUAUUUAAAACAUUUCUUUGCAAUUUUUUGUAGCUGUGUACUUAUUUCUAUCGAUUGUUCUUUUGGCUAUUUUUUGCUUUUUGUAUUAUUUUUUAGAGCUAGAGAAAUUUAAAAUAGAAUAUAAGCAUUUGGGAACUCACUCUUAGUUUUUUCUAAAUUUGCAUUUUAUAAUGUAGAAUGGUUAGAAGGAUUUCAUUCCAGAGAAUUCUAGUUUAGGAAGUUUGUUUUAAAUAUUCGAAUUCUAUUGUAACUAUGUAGUUUUUUACGACUUGUUAAAAUUGCGUAAACUUUAGGUGUUAAUUGAAUUUCAUAGCCUGAAAAUAUUGAUGUACAUACAAAGAUACUCAAAAAUUAAAAUACUUAUAUGCAUUCAA